AUGAGUGCGGCCCAAGGCCCUUCUGGUGGUCAUUCAUCUUCUGGUUACGGUGGGCGCAGCAGCUACCCGCCUCCAGCUCGGUCAUACGAAGAACGCGCUGUUCACAAAGAACAAAUGAUGCAAGCCGUCCGCGAAUCAUCCCAGCAAGACCGUCGGGUCUAUGUGGGCAACCUUUCCUACGAUGUCAAGUGGCAUCACCUCAAGGAUUUUAUGAGACAGGCUGGAGAAGUUAUCUUUGCCGAUGUCUUGCUUCUUCCCAAUGGAAUGUCGAAGGUGGGCGCCAAUGCGAUUGUGGAAUACGCGACCAGGGAUCAAGCGCAAAAUGCGGUCAACACCCUUAGCAACCAGAACCUGAUGGGUCGUCUUGUCUACGUUCGUGAGGAUCGUGAACCCGAGCCGCGUUUCACCGGCGGACCUUCGCGUGGCGACUUUGGCGGUGCCGGUCGCGGCGGUUUCGGUGGUGGAUUUGGCGGCGGCGGCGGUGGUGCUGGUGGUGCUGGAGGUCGUCAGCUCUUCGUGUCCAACCUUCCGUUCAACGUGGGUUGGCAAGAUCUGAAGGAUUUGUUCCGUCAAGCCGCUCAACAAGGUGCGGUUAUUCGUGCCGAUGUUCACACUGACGCCACCGGUCGGCCCAAGGGCUCCGGUAUUGUCGCGUUCGAGUCCCCUGAGGACGCUCGCAAUGCCAUCCAGCAGUUCAACGGCUACGACUGGCAAGGCCGGCCCUUGGAGGUCCGUGAGGACCGCUUUGCUGGUGCCGGUCCCGGCUUCGGGGGCCGCGGUGGCUUCGGAGGUCGUGGUGGUUUCGGCGGCGGUUUCGGAGGCCGCGGUGGCUUUGGCGGUCGUGGUGGUUUCGGCGGCGGCUUUGGUGGUCGCGGCGGCUACGGCGGCGGUCCUGGCUACGGCGGCCCUGGCGGUCCUCCCGGCGGCCCCGGCUUCGAGGGCGUCGCUUCGGUUCCUCCCAACCCCUUCACUGACUUCGCCACUUCCGGCGGCGAGAAGAGCCCCGUCAUCUACGUGCGCAACCUGCCCUGGUCUACCUGCAACGAGGACCUCUUCGACUUGUUCACCACCAUCGGCAAGGUCGAUCGCGCCGAGAUCCAGUAUGAGCCCAAUGGUCGCUCCCGUGGCACCGGUGUGGUUCAGUUCGACAGUGCGGACACUGCUGAAACUGCUAUCGCCAAGUUCACAGGCUAUCAGUAUGGUGGUCGUCCCCUGGGCAUCACCUUUGUCAAGUACCUGAAUGUGGGUGGCCCUCCCGCGGACGCGAUGGAGGGCCAGGAGCCCACGGCUCCCAUUACUCAGGAUCAGAUCAUGUAA